AAAACUUGUCUCUCGGCGGUGGGCAACGUUCAUUAUUGGGAGAACGUCGAAGCGAGAGUAUUCACGUUGCUUCCCAUCGAACGUUCCGCACCGUUCACGACGACGAAAAAGUGAUUUGAGAGAUCGUCCGAGCCUGUACUGCGAUAAUUCCCUUCUACACCAAAGAUGUUGUUUUUCGGCGUAUUGUCUGCCCUUUUCCUAACUGCCUUUGCAGAAUACUGUUACACCGAUAUUGAGAGUGCCUGCAGCACCAAUCCCAAAAAUGGUGGAUUAGUAUCAAACUGUAAUGCCAAAUAUGGAGCUAUCGAAACUCUUCAACCUGAGCUACAGGCAUUCGCAAACGCUAAUAUUGAAACAAGUUUCGAAUUUCUACUCUUGUCGACGCAUUUUGGAAACUACGAAGCCAAUCGUGAAGGAUUUAAGAAAUUGUAUCGCAAACUUUCAGAUAAAUCAUGGGAAGAAGCGAUAGAUUUGAUCAAAUAUAUCGCAGAGCGUGGUGGCAAGAUGGACAUGAAUCAGCUCCCACGCUCCAAGAAACUUGUCAAGGAUAGUAGAAUAUUGGAAUUGACUGAAUUAAGCAGUCUUGCUAAAGCACUCGACAGUGAGAAACAACUUGCUGACGAAGCGUUACGCAUUCACUCUCAAGCACAGCAUCAUACUAAACAGGAUGCAGCUGUCGCUCAUUAUAUCGAAGAACAUUUCAUGGAAUCGUUGACCGAACGUGUGAGACAAUUGGCAGGUUAUUCAAAUGACCUGAAGAAUAUGUUGGAAGAACGUGAUGCGUCCCUUUCCGUAUUCCUGUUUGACGAGUACCUCAAGAGCGCUUUGUAAAGCGUAAUUUACAAAGAUAUUUAAGAUACAUACAUAUAUUAUGUUUGAAUUUUCUAUACUACCAUUAUUUUUGUCUUUAUUUCUAAUGUUAAAGAUCUUUCAUAUGUAAAAUACAAGAAAUAAACGCAUAUAGAAAUUUAUUUCCUAUAUUUUGUGACAUAACAUGUUAUGCAUGUAUAUUGCAAUAAAUAGAACAUUAAAGGAUAUCUAUAUAUACUU